AUGGCAACAAAUAUUCUAAAAUUAAAAAGUGGACGUAAAAUUUAUUAUUCAACAAAAGAAUCUAUAGAAAAUAAAUUAAUUUCAAACAAAAUAAAAUUAAAUAAUUUAACAGAUUUGGAAAAUAAAGUUUAUGAAGGAGGACUUAAAAUUUGGGAAUGUUCUUUAGAUUUAAGUUAUUUUAUUGAUUCAAUGUCUUUUGAAGGAUUUAAUGUUCUUGAGCUUGGUUGUGGUGCUGGAUUGCCUUCGAUUGUUGCUGCUUUAAAUGGGGCAGCGUCUUUGACAUUACAAGAUUUUAAUGAUUAUGUUUUGGAGGCUAACACAAAAAUUAAUUUUCAAUUGAACGGAAUUGAUUUAUCAAAAUGUUCUUUUGUAAAAUGUGAUUGGGCAAAUUGUUUAGAAUUGGAAGGAUUUAAAAAGUAA